AUGCCUCAGCCCCAAGCCUGCAGGAUUCCCCUCGAGCUGGUGGAUGAAAUAUUUCAAAAGCUACCACCCCAAACACGCCAUCUUUUCAAACACCACAAAAUUAACAAAGACGAAGCUCAUUGGAAUCGUGUUGCUCUGGCAAGAUGUGCACACGUGUGUCGCGCGUUCCACGAAUCGGCCGUAAGGGUUCUUUGGAAAGAUUUGGAAUUGGGUGCCUUUCUCGAAGCCGUCUUACGGAGCCUCGAUUAUGGCGCCGUCAAGUGGCCUGAGAGGCACCAGGACGACUGGGGAGGGGGAGAUGCCUCGGACGAUGAGGAUAAUGAAGACGUAGCUGUGGGCGUUGAGCCGGAAAGGUAUUUGUACAGCUAUAAAUACUUACCUGGGCCUAUCUCUGCUGAAGAAUGGGCACGAUUCACGCACUAUGCCGCCUUUGUCCGCAUCCUCCGCUAUGCCCCAUUUGUGGAGAGCAUCGACCCGACUCUUUUCUUUUUCCUGCAGCAGCAUGCGCAGGGGACGCCGCUAUUUCCGAACUUGCACGAGCUUGUAUGGAGUAACGCGACGCCCGAGGUCUUGGCAGUAAUUUCACCAUCCAUUCGCCUACUGGACCUUACAGAAAGCAACGACGACGACUACACCUAUGCCGAGAUGCGCGAAUUCUCGUAUCGCGCGCGGCGACACGCCUUGAAGGCACUCCUGCCGACCAUUCUACGAGGUGCCCCGAACCUUGAAGAACUCCGGCUACGAACGAUGGGACACGAGGUCUUCUGGUUUCCCCUCCAACCAGCACCCGGAGACUGGUUCUUCAAUAGAAACAUCCGAGUCCUCCACAUCUCCGAGUCGUGUCGUGCCGUCAUGCGAGCCGCCCUUACUGUCAUCUCUACAAUGAAGGAACUCCUCGAGCUCGGGAUCCGCCUCGUCGAAUCGGGUCCUACGUACGAUCUCGAGGAUGACGACCUUUCGGACGUGCGAACAUUCGAGAAUCUGAAACACCUAGAAAUCUGGGGAGAAGCGACUGGGGUGGCAACCCUCGUCGACGCGAUUGUUGCACCGAACCUGGAGGAUGUGGAAAUUAUAAUCUUCACAGGGCCAGAGGACAGUGAUCCCUCCAUGGUGGAGGCUGAGCUGUCCACGAUCUUCAAAACCCUGCCCCUCCGGAAUGCGGCAACUCUGCGGAGACUGCGUCUCAGCAUAUGGUGCCUCUGCGCACCCCUGUUCCCCAGCGAAGUGUCAACCGAUCCGUCCUUCUCCACCGUCGCGCGUCCACUGCUCGAGCUUCGCCGUCUCCAGGAUGUCUGUAUUGAUCAACGUGUCAGGCGCGGAGCUUUAAACGUGAGCGCCUCUGCCUUGGCAGCAGCGUGGCCUGCGCUGCGUGCCCUCGCCUUGCCAGAAGUCAUCGUCUCCCCCAAUGCGCUUCGAGCCAUCGCACGGACAUGUCCUCGGCUGGAGCAGCUGAAGGUGAAGGCCCUAUCACCCGAGUUCCACUACAACCCUUCCCGGUUGGUCGUAGACGACUCAUCUCAACCCACCAUCACUGCAGACUCCCACUCGGACUUAGAGAGACCUGCGCUUCGAGAGUUGUGCGUCGAUAUACCCCUUAAGGCCGGGUUUCCUGACACGCCCGGCAACAUCAUCCGCUUCCUGAACACGCUGUUCCCGCAGCUUGUCAUUCGACGGCCUGAAGAUUUGGUAAAAUAUGAUCCAACGGGCCGAGGCGGAUGAACUGCUUGGAAAAGCAAGCAAUGGGAAUGGACGAGGCACCGUGGACUUGGGCACAUGGAUGGACAGGUCGUGUAGCGUGCUAGUGUCCGAGGCGUUGCGCUAGUACGUCAACGCAGUCGGUAAAUGAUAUUGUGGUGACUUCUUUGUCGGGCGGCCAAGUACUAGCACGUAUCUACACCAGUUGCUUAGUAUGGUGCUUCCGAUGCUGUCAAGACCGCGGGCAAUGUGAGUAGAAUCCGUG